AUCCACACGCAAUUCUCGACAUGGGUCCUGCCGUUGUGCUGCACCUCAAUUUGCGCACCCGUUCGUACUAUGCUAGUGUACCUAUCUGACCUGUCCAUUAUCCAUUUGCUGUCCCUCUUUGGCCGCGCAAAUCUGGAUUUCGCUCCAUGUCUAGCUGCAUCUGUCGGCUCUCAAAUGGAGAUGGCAUCAAGACUACGGGUACGCUUGUCAGGCCGGGCCGUGAGAUGUGAAGUGUGGACGUAGACGUGGACACCAACUGGACCACACCUCACUCCUUCUGGAGCAAGCGUCCGGACCUUGGACAUUGCAUAGGUACGCAGUACGGAUACCGGUAUUGCACACUCGCACACUUGUAAUUGUUGGACAACUUUUUUUUAUGGUCACUCCGGAGUUCCUUCCCAAGCUCCCCCCAUCAUCCAUCCCAUCUCUCAUCCCGUCCUCUCUCUCAUCCCAUCCUGGGUCUGUUCCCAUACUUUCCCUGCAGACCACUCGCGCCCUUUUUUUCUUCUUCCUUUCUUGCUUGCUUUCCUAUUGCGCUGCCAAAUCUACCUUCUCGCAUUUGCUGCUGUUCGCCAAUUGUCCUUCAUCACAGCCGCACUCCUGCGGACCCGUCCACGUCGCCUACUUUCAAACGUCGACCAUCCCGCACCAAGCACACACUCGUUGCAGAUACCACUCGCUGAUCAGUGACCCGAUUUGAGAAACCCUCCCCCCCGUCCGGGUUCUACUGUCGUUGGGAUUCUACCUGUCCUCAAUAACCUACCUACCUAUCUACCUCUGCUCGUAAAGACAAACCCAAUCCAGCGCUCUGCUCCUCCCUCCGUCGGACUCGAGCCCGACUCUUCCGACUUGCAUCAUCUGCUCCUCCAGAACGCUGCACAUGCCAAAAUAUCUACUGCUGAAGCUGUCACUCGUUUGCGGUUGAGCUAUCGCAUGCUCUAUGAGGCACAAUGGCUCCGUCCAUUCUCAACUUUAGAGGACUUCGGCGUCGUUCGAAAGCCAGCUUCAAGACCGACCGCUCAAACACCGACGUGUCUAGCGAUGCCAGUAACAUGACCACUCCCACUGCCACAAGCGGUGCCUCGACCCCACCAUCCAUGGCUCAAGCCUCCGAUUCUGCUCUCGAUCUCCAAGUAAAGGACUCCAAUGGGGGCAAUCCUCAAGCUCGUCCGCCGCUGCAACCGGUGCCCAAUUCCCAUCGGCACAGCGUCUCUGGUAUGGCUGGCCUUGGUUCUCCUGUCGUGGGCGGGAAGUCGGCGUUGCCAGUCUCUCAAUAUGCGCCCCGAGUUGCAAAUAUCACCGACAAUGCCUGGGUAUACCAAAAGGUUCUCCUCGUACACGGGACUAUUGGCGACUCCUUGCAGCACUCUCUCGAUGGCACUGUUUCGGUAACCCGACUCGACGACAACUUUCCACCAACAUGUUGGCCCGCAUGCAACUCCAAUUUCAAGGCCCUCGUCUACCUACAGCCAGGCCCAAACAAGAUCCGCUUCGACUUCUCAAGUCCAAAGUUGCCCAACAGCUCGUCAUCCAAUCCGAUUCACGCAUCUUACCUGACGAUACACAUGUUGCCGGCGAACAAUGCACCUCCACUCCAGCUCGCUAUCGUGAUUGCUAAGGAUUCUCCCGAGACCUUCGAUGCGGUACCUACAAGGAUUGAGCGAGAGGGCAAUGAUUUGGAGACGGCAGUCCGCAAGUUCCGAAUGGCCGCCUACCUCUGGCAAGCCUUUACAGCUGAGCAAAUGUGGCGAAACAAACUUGGACGUCGCGUCUUCAGGUUUGAGGAGGAAUGGACCGCCGGCACAUCGAACCAGCGGGAUCGAGAAAACGGAAAUCUGCGCUCCGAGGCCAGGAUCCAUAUCAUCAGAUCAGACAAGACAGUCGCCGAAAUUCGAGAUCUCGAGCUAGCGCAACAGAAUGAGAAGGCGAGCAAGAAGGGGGACCUAUACGAAAUAGCUGCCGAUGCGGUGAAACAAUACUUCAGGCCACUAGGUGGCCAGAAGCAAUACGUUUCCGUGUUGAUGCUCGAUACGCAAUGGGAUAAGGAGGCCAAUGUCGUAAGGGGUCACGCAGCGCUGGGCGGUAAUGCAGGCGAUCUGCACUUGGCCAUUUUCGGAUCUCAUUGCCUGCAAAGCUAUCCCACGAGUUUCGAAGAAGUCGUCCCUGCAUUUACGGAUUGCACUCCGACUGACCUUACCUACGUCGCCAACGAUUGCAACCAGGCUGGCAGCUCCUGGGAGGCAGCGAACAUCGGAAUUGGUGCCCAUCUCCACGAGACAGGUCACCUUUUUGGAUGUCCUCAUCAGGAAUCUGGCGUGAUGCUCCGCGACUACCUGACACUCAAUCGCAGCUUCGUGACCCGUGAGGCAUUCUGCACAAGGACCAAGUCCAAGGGAGGCCUGGUCCUUCAAGACGACGAAUGCGGUUGGCACCGCUUGGACUGUUUACGUUUCCGCGCCCAUCCCUGCUUCAGGUUGCCAAACGACCCCCCCAUGAACGCUGACGGCAGCGUCCAUGCUUUCCCAGUUGAGAGCGGAAACGUGGUUGUAAUGGCAGCGACUGGAAUCGCAUUCAUCGAGCUAUUCGCAGAGGACGAUGAUCUCUGCCGAAAAUGGAUUGAAUAUCCACUCGAAAAUAAUUCGGUGCAACGUCAACUGACAUUGAACGACCGCGAGCUACGCGAGAAGCUUCCAGAGAACAAGCGGAAGGGCCGGCUUAGGGUGUCGGUCAAAUCGCAUGGCGGCGGUUCCUUGGACAUCGACGAUUUCAAAAAGCUGUGCUCCAAAGAGUCUUCAUUCAAAUUAACCCCUGGCCCGCUCGGCAAGACAGCCUACAGAGGCAAGCCUCUGGGCCACUCAGCCAUGGAUGGCACUGAACCACAGGAAAUCAUUUUUGAGAGCGGCGGAAAACAGAAUCGAGUGCUCUCCCGCAUCAUCUUCUACCAUGGAUACGCAGUAGACGGCAUGGAAUUCGUAUACGAUGACGACACAACGCAAUUAUUUGGCAAACGGGGAGGCAAAGAGGGUGGAGAUGCGUUUGAUUUUGAUAUUCGCCGGGGUGAAUACAUCUCAGGCUUUUACGUCCGCUCGGGCGCUUGGAUUGAUGCAAUCCAGGUCCUCACGAGCUUGGGCAGACGGUCGCCUGUAUUUGGCAAUGCUCAGGGCGGAUCCACACAUACUUUGAUACCCCCAAGAGGAUACACCAUUUGCGGUGUGGCAGGCUCCUGUGGAGCUUGGGUCGACGGAUUUUCGAUCCUCAUUGUUCGAUAAAGGAAACCCGUGGGGUUUGUGUCAUUCUUGCGAGCGGCAGCUGGAGAUAAAACUUCAUAGUAUUUACGAAACGGGAGGGAGAAUUGGAGCACCAGUGCCAUCAUCCAUUUGGCAUGGGUUUCUGGCUCGUCCAAAAUCAAUGAUGGAAAUUGCACGUCUUUUCUCCAACUUCCUGGCGAAGCACGCCGAGACAUCCGCCUUAUACUGGAGUAUCACAUCCCAAAUUAUGGCACGCUAUCUCCUGGUUGGCGAGCAUCAGAUUAGGGGGUUACCAGCCUCGGAAUACCUAGCAGACGAGACGCCUUGGACAUGGACAAGACUACGUACGGGACACGGUGAAUUAGGUUGGGUGGCCACUUCGACAAAGGUGGUUUUUACAGCAGAUGAAUAAGUGAUCUGCCUCGUCGUUGUAAAUAAUACACGAAAUGAAUACACGGC